AUCCCACUGCUCCGGCAAAAUCUCACGCUUACAUCUUUUUCUCGUUGCCGUUCUCCAUCGUUCGUGUUUGUCACCAUGGCUCGCUUUUCUGCUGUCCUUGCCGUUCUGGCGAUCGCUUCGGCUUCAGCCUUUGCCCCCAACCAGUCGGUGGCUCGUCCGGCGACCUCCUUGCAGGCCCAGGGCGACGGCAAGAAGGCUUUGACUUCGAUGGUGGCCGCUGCCUUUUUGCUCGGCAACGUGCUUUCGGCCGACGCCGCCUUUGCCGCCUUUGACGAAUCCGAAAUGUUCGGAUCCUCCACCGUCGUGGCCGGACGUAGCGGUGGUCGUUCGGGUGGACGUUCCUCGCGGGGAACAUCCAACUCGUACAAGUCGCAGCAGCAGCAACCCACACGUACGAUUGAACGGACCACCGUCAUUCAGUCCCCCGGAUACGUCGCUUCCCCCGUCUACAUGGCACCCAUGUAUAACCCCAUGCCGGGUCUCGGACUCGGAUUGGGACUGUCCGCCAUCAACGACGUGGGCAAUACCAUGAGGGAUUAUCGCCAGGAAACGGAAAUUCAACAAAGCAAAGCGGAGCUCCAGCAGGCUCGUAUGAAGGAAGCCGAGCUCGAGGCUCGUUUGCGCAAUUUGGAAAUGGCUCGUUAGGUAGGGCAGGGUAGAGUACCUACUGUUUAGAGAAACGUUGUGCCGAGUGCCGCGCGACGCAGAAUUACUUUCCAAGGCUACUGAGUAGUUGGUUAGCACAGGAAUCUUCAACGGCCUGUUGGAACACUACUGCGGCUACUCUAAACAACUUGCAUCAAUGUAGUUAGUCUUGAAAAAUUCGUUGUUUUACAGUU